AUGCAUCCGAUCUGGUCACCACCGAAAGAUUACUGCAACCGCCCGGUUGCGAUAUUGGGAGCUGGCGUCCUUGGGCGGCGAAUCGGCUGUAUCUGGGCCUCUGCAGGUUACAACGUGCACCUGCGCGACCCAAGUAGCGAGCAGCUCUCUGCUGGCCUGGCGUACAUCGAGGAAAAUGUAUCCACAUACUCCAACAAGACAGGACUUUCCCCAGGGAAGGCUCACGGCUUCACGACAUUACAGGAGGCCGUGGAGAAUGCGUGGCUGGUUAUCGAAGCCGUGCCUGAGAAACUGCCGCUGAAGAUCGAUACCUUUGGAGAGUUGGCGGCCCACGCACCGGAUGACUGUAUCCUUGCUUCGAAUUCGUCGUCAUACAAGACGUCUGAAAUGUUGGACAAGGUAGAAUCGGAGACCGUGAGAUCCCGCAUCUUGAAUAUGCACUAUUAUAUGCCGCCGCGGUGUAUGAUCGUCGAGCUGAUGACGGAUGGAUCCACGCACGAGGGGAUAUUCCCAUUCAUGGUGGAGAGGUGCCGCGAAAGCGCAACGGAGCCUUAUGUUGCAAGAAAGGAAUCAACUGGUUUCAUCUUUAAUCGGCUUUGGGCCGCUGUCAAACGCGAGGCGUUGACUAUCCUUGCGGAAGGGGUGUCUGUUCCGGAAGAGAUUGAUGCAAUGUGGAGAACAAUGUUUAUUCAGGGCGAAGUCUCGCCUUGCAUGAUGAUGGAUGCGGUUGGACUCGACACUGUUGCCUUCAUCGAACAACACUACAUCAAGGAGCGUGGCCUCUCGAGCGAAAAGACAGUCGACUACUUGCAAGAAAACUACCUCAGCAAGGGUAAACUGGGCACUAAGUGCUCUUUGGGAGGACUUUACCCUCCCGCCUUCCCGGAGAAUACACAGACCAAGCAGGGCAGUCCUCACCUGUUAGUCCUCGACGUUGGGCUUGCGGCAGAGACAGCUGCCACGUCCAUUGGAACCCCAGCCGGCGAGAUUCUGUCCUUGGCCCCAGACGGAGACAGAAUCCAGCACAAGGUGCAGACGGUUGUGCCAAACCAGCUUCUCCCGGAUGGUAUUACCAUCGAUCGUGCCACCAAUCGCAUCUUCUGGACAAACAUGGGCAUCCCCGGCCGGCUUGACGGAACUGUCUGCUCUUCGAACAUGGAUGGGAGCGACAUCCGCACUCUCAUCGGCACUGGUGCGAUAAACACACCAAAGCAAAUCGCCAUUGACGCAGAUGCGCGAAAGCUCUACUUCUGUGAUCGUGAGGGUUGUGCAGUGUAUCGCUGUGAACUCGACGGGUCAGACCUCGAGCCUUUGGUCUCCCGGCAGCCAAACAAGGAAGGCAGCACGACCGAUGUGCAAGACUGGUGCGUAGGCAUCGCCGUAUCUCCCCGGUUCAACAAGUUUUACUGGACGCAAAAGGGGGCGCCCAAGAGCGGGAGGGGGCGCAUCCUCUGCGCUGGAAUUCAUACUCCUCCUGGCCCCAUUGCAGCCGGAGCCGACAAGGACGAGGAACUAUGUAUCCUGAGCGGGCUGCCUGAGCCAAUUGACCUGGAAAUCGACGAAGAGAGGGGUCAAUUAUACUGGACAGACCGGGGCGAGUUGCCCUGGGGAAAUGCGUUAUAUCGAGUGCAGUUAGACAGAGAGGGUCGACCAGUGGGAAAGCCUGAGAUCCUGGCUCGCGGGCUUCAUGAAGCAAUCGGACUGAGCCUUUGUCACAAGUCAGGAGAUAUAUAUUUGACUGAUUUGGGCGGUUCUGUCUACCGAUUUAGCCGUGAUGGCAAGAAGCAGGUGUUGUACCGGGAAGAUGGACGAGCUUUCACAGGCGUCUUGUGCCUAGAGUGA